AGCAUUUCUGACUGCCAGUCUGUAGAAUUUUUUUCGUGGUGGUAGUCGAGCUGUUCGUUUUUUUUUAAUGAUUCUUAUUUCUACUGUAUAUGUCGAAUCGAACGAACGUAUAAUAAAGACGCAUGAAAAUUGUUUGUGGGCCAGUCCAAACACUUGUUGAUUGAUUGCAAUUUCAAACAAAGAGUAGCGAGAGUGUGACAAACGUGUGUGAAAUAUUUUCGGUAGUACCGAGAUCAACGGCUUGUAAAUUAUCAAAUGUUUUACAUAAAGUGCAAUAUUAAAAUUUAAAAAAAGAGAAAACAAAAAAAGAGUUAAAUUAAAUGCUUAAAUAAUUGAACUUGAUCUUGGGUAUAUAAAAAAGAAUAUAAAGAAAGAAAAAUACACUUAUUCGUAUGUCAACCUACAUACACACAUAUUUAUAAAUCUGAAUAGAUAUUCAUAUAUGAGUGUGUGCAUGUUUAUGAAAAAGAAGAAAAUUGCAAUAAAUAAAUAAAUAAAAAACUUUAUAUAUAUGUAUAUGAUACAUUAAAAAAAGAGCAGCAGCACUUUACUAUAAUGUUUAGUGCAUUAAAUUAUUGUGGUUCUUGAAGAUGGUCAGCAAUAAAAUUACAGUAAAUAGAGUGUUUAAUUAUUGCGUCUUUGUAAUCUUAUUAAAUGGAGUUGGAAAUGGUUUUACAAAUGGAUUUUUCAUUGAUUAUGCAGAAAAUUCAGAGCUUAUACAACAGCAAAUUGGAUACAAUAUAACAUUGCCAUGUAGUUUAAAGGGUCUAGUGGAUGAAACGAAAACUACAGAUAUAACAUACAAUUGGUAUUUCAAACAAUGUGGCGAAGGUUCGGGCGGUACUCCCAAUUGUUAUGACACAAAUGAUUAUGAAGACUGGACACAGUUGCCGUGUGAAAUUAAUAUUUGUAAAGCACAUUUAUACUUGAAAAAUAUAACAGAAAAAUAUUCUGGUCUAUACAAAUGUACUGUUAUGCCUAAAAUGGGCAAUAUAUUAGAUGUUAAAUUAGUCAGAACAUUUCAAUUGGAUGUAAAAAAUACCUCCAUGAAAAUUCCGGAAUUUUUAGAUGCAUAUCCUUUAAAUAAAACUAUUAAUAAAGGAUCUCAAGCGGUUUUUCAAUGUCGUGUAUUUAGUGAAGAGUAUCCUACUAUUAAAUGGUUUCGACGACUAGCCAAUUACAAAUACCAUGAUUAUGAGAAUAUACAUUCAAUAGUACAUUAUAAUGGUCAGGCCUAUGAAUUGUUGACCUCGGCCCGUGAAAAACCUACCGCCCGUGAUGUAUAUUUAAGUAAACUUAUAAUAAAUGAAGUACAUCUACAAGAUGAGGGCUAUUAUGCUUGUGUGGCGAUAAGUUUUCGUGGUCACAGUAUACGGGAAGCAUAUUUAAAAGUUAAUGUACCCGAUGAUGAUGGUAACGAAGAUUCGGCAGAAUACUGGGCGGAUUAUAGUGAGGAAGACGAGGUUUUAUCUACAGAUCCAAAACGGUUUGGUUUACUUUUUCUAAUGCCAGUGGGUUUGGCAUUAUUACCAUUAUCUGUAUAUUUGUGUUAUAUCAUUCAUAAACGAUAUAGAAAUCCCAAUUUAAUGGAUCAAUCAAAAUAUUCUGAAGAAUAUGAUCAACAGUGUAUGUUGAGAACGUAGAAAAAAGAAGAAUUAACCUGAAUUUUUUAGUUAAGAACAAAUGUUAUUUGUUAAUUAAUCUAAAUAUUUGAUGCCUUAAUGAUUUUCUAGAAAACCAAAGAUUGUAUUUUAAAUGUAAUUUAGUAUUAAACGAAAAAAAUGGCAUUACUGUUAAUUAGAGUUUACGCUUAUUAGUUGUUAAUAUCACACGUUUAUGAUAAGUAAUAAAAUCGUAAAUUAUAAUACUAACUAUAUUUUUGUAAUAUGUAUUUAUUUUUCAUACCCAACAUACAAUAGUUGUGUUUUGUUGCUAACGUUCAAAGGCAAUUUCAUAUAAAUU